AUGAGGCUAUUGAACUACCGAAGAACUUCGACUCUCGCGAAAACGCCUAACUGCAAGUCCAUCGUUGAGGUCUACGACCAGGGCAAAUACGGCUCCUACUGGUCGAUCCACACGAGAGGGUGCCCCGACGAAGCGUUCAACUGCUUGAUCUCUCAUGGAUUGGUCAGCCGGGAACGCAGGCCGUACGACUUAGCUGCAGUA